GGAAAGAUGGAAAACGCAGGUUCGACGGGCACCAAAGCAGCCUCAACAAUGCGGUUAGAUGACUCGGAUCCGCUCAGCCAAGGUCGACUGGAGAACCUGCGGCUGCAAGACGACGGGUCGGCAUCAAGAGACAAGCGGCCGAAGGAUUACGAGCGAGCGAGCAGCCAGACUUCGGUACGUUGAUUCUCACGUCCUUGGAACUCAGGAUGAGGAUUCUCUGUGGGCGAAUCAAUGUACUCUUAAUUCUAUUCCUAGAUUUCUAGGUCUUCUUCUUGUUCAAGACUUGUAUUAGGUUCAGGUGGAAUCUGACGAUUAUGCUUGCGAUUUCUGCAGCGCCGGCACCACGCCUCGCAAGGAGCUCAUCACGUACAAACUCAUGUUGCCCGGCGGGCGUCUACCGGAAGACCCAGGAGCAACAGCCGACCUACUUCCUCUGGCAGCUCUUCUCGCAGUGGAGGGCAGAACGGGAUUGUUCGCUCAAAUUCGGGAAAAUCCAUUACACGGGAUCGGGACGUUUAGCUUGUGGCAACACAUUUUCUUCUCUUUUGCCAACUCUUUCCGCCUUCGUUUUUUCCUUUGCUGUGUUUUCAAUGAGUUGUAGUGCGAUGGUGUGGAUUGCAUUGGCAUUUGCUGGUCUAUCAGCAUUGCGGGCUGUUUGGAUUCUCACGGUCUUGCCAAAAAUGAGGGAUUUCAUUAGGGUGUUCGGGGCCUGCGAGUAUCUUUUUUUUCUGCAGACGGGCAUGUGAAGAUGAACUCAAUUCUUUCACGCUGAAUAGAUAUGGAAUACAGGGAUUCUUCUGACGCGGCUUUGCCA